AAAGUGCCUGAGGUUAAGUCGUUUGCCCAGGUCACCAUUAAGGAUGACCUCUCUCAGUCUCCCAAACCAACACUGAUAAAUGACCCUUCAAAGAUGCCUCCUGAAAAAAUGUGUAGUGAGGAGGCCAGUUUGGCAACAGCUGUGCAGGCAAAGGCCCCCACACACAAAGGGGAGGUGGAGCCUGCUCAGCCCUCUGCUGAAAAAAUGAAACGGGAGGUUCCCAAAGUAAAAACAUCCUCCUCACAGAGACUAAGGGAAGCACCCGCAGCUCAAGCGUCAGCAGCAGCCUCUGCCGAGGCUAAGCAAGGGGAGGCUCCCAGUAUUGCACAACACUCAACUGCUCCUCAAACAGAGCAGAGAGGAGAGAGGGAGAAAAGGAUCUCCAAUAACAAAGCCUUAGAACAGGCUGUCAUCACUUGUCCUUUCCAAGAGGAGGUCUCCCUUGAUUCAGAGACUGCGUCUGUGGACGAGACCACCAUGAGGAAAAAAAUUGUUGUGGUAGAGGAAGUAAUUGAGGUACAACAGCUUGCCAGUCCUACUGCAACAGGCGGUCAAUCUGUUGUUGCACCUCUGCCUGAAGUUGCGAGUGAAGAACUGGACUUGGACGUGUUAGAGGAGUUAGCCAUAGAACGGGCCCUCCUGUCUGGGACAGCUGCAUCUUAUUUGCAGGGUGCUGGCCCGGAAGAUGAAUGGGACCACUCACUGGAGGAGCCGGAGGAGAAAACCUGGCCAAACUUUACUGAAGAUGAACGGGACCGGGUACAGAAAAAGACUUUCACAAAAUGGGUGAACAAACACCUGAUGAAGGCACAUUGCCACGUGACUGACUUGUACGAAGACCUCAGAGAUGGACAUAACCUGAUUUCCUUACUCGAGGUCCUCUCCGGGGAGAAACUGCCUCGUGAGAAAGGACGAAUGCGCUUCCAUAAGCUUCAGAAUGUACAGAUAGCACUGGAUUUCCUCAAACAUCGCCAGGUCAAGCUGGUGAAUAUCAGGAACGAUGACAUUGCAGAUGGAAAUCCCAAGCUCACACUUGGACUCAUAUGGACCAUUAUCCUCCACUUCCAGAUUUCAGACAUCCAAGUGAAUGGGCAGUCAGAUGACAUGACAGCCAAGGAGAAGCUCCUGCUGUGGUCUCAGCGCAUGGUGGAAGGCUACCAGGGUCUUCACUGUGAAAAUUUCACCACCAGCUGGAGGGAUGGCAAACUCUUCAAUGCAGUCAUUCACAAACACCACCCCAGGCUCCUUGACAUGUCCAAAGUGUACCGCCAGACCAACCUAGAGAACCUGGAGCAGGCCUUCAGUGUGGCAGAGAGAGACCUGGGUGUGACUCGACUGCUGGACCCAGAAGAUGUCGAUGUGCCACACCCUGAUGAGAAGUCUAUCAUUACUUAUGUGUCCUCCCUCUAUGACGUCAUGCCCAGAGUUCCUGACGUUGAGGACGGAGUUAGAGCCAAUGAGCUGGAACUCCGCUGGCAGGAGUACUAUGAACUGAUCACCAUUUUACUGCAGUGGAUUCGUCACCAUGUCCUCAUCUUUGAGGAAAGGAAGUUUCCAAGCAGUUACGAGGAGAUUGAGAUUCUGUGGCGUCAGUUUUUGAAAUUUAAAGAGAGUGAACUGCCUGCCAAGGAGACAGACAAGAAUCGCUCAAAACUCAUAUACCAGUCCUUUGAGAGUGCAGUCCAUGCUGGUCAGAUUAAGGUCCCACCUGGUUACCACCCUAUCGAUGUGGAGAAGGAAUGGGGGCGUCUUCACGUGGCCAUUCUAGAGAGAGAGAGACUGCUCCGAAUAGAAUUUGAGAGAUUGGAGAGGCUGCAGAGGAUUGUCAGUAAAGUCCAAAUGGAGUCUGGAGUGUGUGAGGAGCAGCUAAACCAGCUGGAGACCAUGUUACAGUCUGACAUUCGCCUCCUGAACGCUGGGAAGCCUGCUCAGCACACUAUGGAAGUGGAGAGAGACUUGGACAAGGCUGAUGGCAUGAUCCGCCUGCUCUUCAAUGAUGUACAGGUGCUGAAGGAUGGCCGCCACCUGCAGGCUGAACAGAUGUAUCGCAGGGUGUAUCGUCUCCACGAGAGGCUGGUGAAUCUACGCAGUGAUUAUAACCUGCGGCUGAAAACAGUGGCCCCCGUCCAGCAGGCAGCCGUGCGGGCGCGUCCUGACCUGGAUGAGGUCACACUACGUUACGCCCAGGACUUGCUGAAGUGGGUGGAGGAAAACCAACGGCGCAUCGACAGUGCAGAGUGGGGAUCUGACCUGCCCACAGUGGAGUCUCAACUGGGCAGUCACAGAGGCCUGCACCAGACAGUGGAGGACUUCCGUGCCAAGAUUGAACGAGCACGAGCUGACGAGAGCCAGCUCUCCCCUAUCAGUAAAGGCACAUACAGAGAAUACCUGGGCAAACUGGACCUUCAGUAUGCAAAGUUGCUGAAUUCUUCUAAGUCUCGUCUGAGGCACUUGGACCAGCUCCAUGCAUUUGUCAGUGCUGCCACUAAGGAACUGAUGUGGCUCAAUGAUAAGGAGGAGGAGGAGGUCAACUAUGACUGGAGUGAUCGCAACACCAACAUGACAAUAAAGAAAGAGAAUUACUCGGGACUCAUGCGAGAGUUAGAGCUGAGAGAGAAGAAAAUCAAUGAAAUCCAGUCCACUGGGGAUAGACUCAUUAGGGAAGGCCAUCCAGGAAAGAAGACAGUGGAGGCUUUCACAGCAGCCCUGCAGACUCAGUGGAGUUGGAUCCUUCAGCUUUGCUGUUGUAUUGAGGCUCACCUCAAGGAGAACACAGCUUACUACCAGUUCUUUGCCGAUGUGAAAGAGGCUGAGGAGAAGAUGAAGAAGAUGCAGGAUACCUUGAAAAAGAAGUACACAUGUGAUCGCUCUACCACAGCCACACGUCUGGAGGAUCUGCUACAGGAUGCUAUUGAGGAGAGGGAACUCCUGAAUGAGUUUAAGACUCACAUCGCUGGCUUGAGCAAGCGAGCCAAAACCAUCGUUCAGCUGAAGCCACGUAACCCUACCAUGCCCAUCAAAGGCAAACUGCCCAUCCAGGCAGUGUGUGACUUCAAACAGAUGGAGAUCACCGUUCACAAAGGAGACGAGUGUGCUCUCAUCAAUAACUCGCAGCCCUACAAGUGGAGGGUGCUGAACCGCUCAGGCAACGAAGCCACCGUACCCUCCGUCUGCUUCCUUGUCCCACCGGUCAACAAAGAGGCUGUAGAGAGUGUGUCUAAUUUGGAUGCUGGUCACCAGCAACUGUUGGUCCUGUGGCAAAAGCUGCACAUUGAGCUGAAGAGCCUGCUGUCUUGGCAGUACCUGAUGAGGGAUAUCCAGCUCAUACGCUCCUGGAACAUCAUCAUGUUCAAGACAAUGAAGGUGGAGGAGUACAGGCCGAUUUUGAAGAACCUGGAACUUCACUACCAAAAUUUCCUGCGCGACAGCCAGGACUCCCAGCUGUUUAGUGCAGAUGACCAUAUCCAGGUGGAGAAUGAGUACACCCAGGCCACACAUCACUAUGACAACUUGCUGCGCACUGUGGAAAAAGGUGAACAGGAUGAGUCAGUGAGCAAGACUUACAUCACUCAGAUCAGAGACUUGAGGCUAAAGAUUGAGGACUGUGAGGCUCGCACCGUGGCCCGCAUCCGCCAGCCUGUGGACAAAGACCCGGUCAAAGACUGUGCCCAGAAAACUGCUGAUCAGAAGAGAGUUCAUGUAGAGCUGGAGGGCAUAAAGAAAAAUCUGGACAAGGUGACUGUGAAGGCAGAGGAGAUGUUGGCAGCUCCUGAGCAGUCCAGCACUCCAAUGCUUCGCUCUGAGCUGGACAUUACACUACAGAAGAUGGACAGUGUCUACUCCCUCUCUUCUGUUUAUCUGGAAAAACUUAAGACAGUUGAGGUGGUGAUACGUCACAGCCAAGGGGCUGAGAGUGUGCUGAAAAAGUAUGAGAAUCGCCUUCGUGAGGUUAACAGUGUCCCCACUGACAUCAGAGAGGUGGAAACCUACCGCUCUGAGCUCAAGAAAAUGCGCAGUGAGGCAGAAGGCCAGCAGUCCGUGUUUGAUUCUUUGGAGGGGGAGAUGGGUAAAGCAACAGUCGUUUCAGAGCGCAUGGCGCGUAUCCACAGCGAGCAUGACUCUGAGCUUGACCACUAUCGACAGCUCCAGGGCAGCUUACAGGACCGCUGGCAAGCUGUCUUUGCCCAGAUUGACCUGCGACAGCGUGAGCUGGAACAGUUGGGCCGCCAGCUGGGCUACUAUCGCGAGAGCUAUGACUGGCUCAUCCGCUGGAUCGCUGAUGCCAAGCAGAGGCAGGAGAAUAUCCAGGCUGUACCAAUCAGUGACAGCAAGACAUUGAAAGAACAGCUGGCACAAGAGAAGAAACUUCUGGAGGAGAUAGAGAAAAACAAAGAGAAAGUUGAUGAGUGUCAGAAAUAUGCCAAGGCUUACAUUGACACUAUCAAGGAUUAUGAGCUCCAGCUGGUAGCUUACAAAGCACAGGUGGAGCCUCUGAAAUCCCCCAUAAAGAAAACCAAGAUGGAAUCCGCUUCUGACAACAUCAUUCAGGAGUAUGUAACACUGAGAACCCGCUAUAGUGAGCUGAUGACUCUGACAAGCCAGUACAUCAAGUUCAUCACAGAUACACAGCGCCGCCUAGAGGAUGAGGAGAAAGCUGCUGAGAAACUUAAAGAGGAAGAGAGGAAAAAAAUGGCCGAAAUGCAGGCAGAGUUAGAGAAACAGAAGCAGUUAGCUGAGGCUCACGCAAAGGCUAUUGCCAAAGCUGAAAAAGAGGCACAAGAGCUCAAGCUCAAGAUGCAAGAAGAGGUUAGCAAAAGAGAAGCUGUUGCUGUGGAUGCAGAGAAGCAAAAGCUCAACAUUCAGCAAGAGUUGCAAGAGCUGAAAAACAUUUCAGAACAACAAAUCAAAUCAAAGACUCACCAAGUGGAGGAGGCCCUGCAGAGCCGUGGCAAAAUAGAAGAGGAGAUCCGCAUAAUAAGGAUUCAGCUGGAGACAACUGUAAAACAGAAAUCCACAGCAGAAGCUGAGCUUAAGCAGCUUAGAGAAAAGGCUGAUGAAGCUGAGAGGCUUCGAAAAGCGGCCCAAGAGGAGGCAGAGAAGCUCCGCAAACAAGUCAAUGAAGAGACUCAAAAGAAGCGCAGGGCAGAGGAGGAGCUCAGGCUCAAAUCUGAGGCGGAACAGGAGGCUGCUAAACAGAAACAGAGGGCCCUGGAUGACCUUGAAAAACUCAAGAUGCAGGCAGAAGAGGCUGAGAGACGCAUGAAGCAGGCUGAAGUCGAGAAAGACAGACAGAUCAAGGUUGCCCAGGAUGCAGCUCAAAAGAGUGCUGCUGCUGAACUUCAAAGCAAGCGCAUGUCCUUUGUCGAGAAAACUUCAAAACUUGAGGAAUCACUUAAACAAGAGCAUGGGACUGUCAUUCAGCUGCAAGAGGAGGCUGAGCACCUCAAAAAGUUGCAGGAGGAUGCUGACAAGGCAAGGGAAGAAGCAGAAAAAGAACUAGAGAAAUGGCGACAGAAGGCCAAUGAGGCACUUCGUCUCAGGCUCCAGGCUGAAGAAGAAGUCCAUAAAAAGUCCCGAGCACAGGAGGAUGCAGAGAAACAAAAGGAAGAAGCUGAGCGUGAGGCCAAAAGAAGAGCCAAGGCUGAGGAGUCUGCUCUUAAGCAAAAGGAGUUGGCAGAAGAAGAGCUGGAGAGACAAAGGAAGCUUGCAGAAGGUACAGCACAGCAAAAACUCUCUGCAGAGCAAGAACUCAUCCGCUUAAGAGCUGACUUUGACCACGCAGAACAGCAGAGGUCCUUGCUUGAGAAUGAGCUGUACCGUCUAAAGAAUGAGAUCAAUGCUGCAGAACAACAGAGGAAGCAACUUGAAGAUGAGCUGGCCAAAGUUAGAAGUGAAAUGGAUAUACUUAUUCAGCAGAAGACCAAAGCUGAGAAGGAUAUCAUGUCCAACACUGAAAAGAGCAAGCAACUUCUUGAGGCAGAAGCCGCAAAGAUGAGGGAUCUUGCUGAAGAAGCAGCUAAGCUUCGUGCCAUUGCUGAGGAGGCAAAAAGGCAGAGGCAGGUCGCUGAAGAGGAAGCUGCCCGACAGAGAGCAGAGGCAGAAAGAAUUCUCAAGGAAAAACUUGCUGCCAUCAAUGAAGCCACCCGCCUUAAAACAGAGGCUGAAAUAGCACUAAAAGAGAAAGAAGCAGAAAAUGAACGCCUCCGAAGAAAGGCUGAGGAUGAGGCUUACCAGAGGAAAGCCCUGGAAGAUCAGGCAACGCAGCACAAACAAGACAUUGAGGAAAAGAUUAACCAGCUCAAGAAGUCAUCUGAUGUAGAACUGGAAAGACAAAAAACAAUUGUGGAUGAAACUCUCAAACAGAGAAGAAUUGUUGAGGAAGAAAUUCGCAUCCUUAAGCUUAAUUUUGAGAAGGCCUCUUCAGGCAAGCUGGAUUUGGAACUUGAACUGAAUAAACUCAAGAACAUUGCAGAAGAAACUCAACGGAGCAAACAGCAAGCUGAGGAAGAGGCAGAAAAACUGCGUAAGCUUGCUCUGGAAGAAGAGAGAAAACGUAGAGAAGCUGAGGAGAGAUUAAAAAAGAUUGCUGCAGCAGAGCAGGAGGCAGCUCGACAGCGCCAGGCUGCUCAGGAGGAGGUGGAGCGCCUCAAAAAGAAGGCAGAAGAAGCCAAGAAACAAAAAGAAGAUGCUGACAAGGAGGCCGAAAAACAGAUUCAAGCUGCCACAGAAGCUGCCCUGAAAUGCAGUGCAGCAGAACAGCAAGUUCACAGUGUCCUUGUACAACAGAAGGAAGACAGUCUUGUACAGAAAAAGUUGAGGGAGGAGUAUGAAAAAGCCAAAAAACUUGCGCAAGAGGCAGAAAAGGCCAAAGAGAAGGCUGAGAAAGAGGCAGCCCUGCUUCGUCAGCAAGCAGAGGAAGCAGAGCGACAGAAGCAGGCAGCAGAAGUGGAGGCAGCCAAUCAGGCCAAAGCUCAAGAGGAUGCAGAAAGGCUACGAAAGGAGGCAGAACUAGAGGCAGCCAAGCGUGCCCAAGCAGAGGCUGCAGCACUCAAACACAAACAGCAAGCUGAUGCUGAGAUGGCAAAGCACAAAAAACUUGCAGAGCAAACCUUGAAACAGAAAUCUCAAGUUGAACAAGAGCUCACUAUGGUUAAAUUGCAGCUAGAAGAGACUGACAAACAGAAAUCACUUCUUGAUGAGGAGCUGCAACGCCUCAAGGAUGAGGUCAGUGAUGCCGUUAACCAGAAGGCUCAGGUGGAGGAGGAACUAUUCAAAGUUAAGAUUCAGAUGGAGGAACUGAUAAAACUCAAGCUCAGAAUUGAAGAGGAAAACCAGCGUCUCAUCAAAAAAGACAAAGAUAAUACCCAGAAAUUCCUUGCUGAGGAAGCAGAGAACAUGAAAAGGCUUGCUGAGGAAGCUGCUAGACUCAGUGUGGAAUCUCAAGAGGCUGCACGUAUGAGACAGAUAGCGGAGUCUGACCUUGCCCAGCAGAGGGCGCUUGCAGAAAAGAUGCUGAAGGAAAAGAUGCUUGCAAUCCAGGAAGCAUCAAAAUUAAGAGCAGAGGCAGAAAUGCUACAGAAACAAAAGGAUCUGGCUCAAGAACAGGCCCAGAGGUUGCUUGAAGACAAGCAACUAAUGCAGCAACGUCUAGAGGAGGAAACUGAAGGUUUCCAAAAAUCACUGGAGGCUGAGCGUAGGAGACAGUUAGACAUCCAAGCUGAGGCUGAAAGACUUAGGCUUCAGGUGUCUCAGCUCAGUGAUGCCCAAUCCAGAGCAGAAGAGGAAGCCAGGAAAUUCAAGAAGCAGGCAGAUGAGAUCAGUGCCCGUCUGCAUGAGACUGAACUUUCUACCCAAGAGAAAAGGACUAUUGUUGAGAAACUUGAAAUUCAGAGACAGAGCAGCAAUAAAGAAGCCGAUGAGCUCCGUAAAGCCAUUACCGAACUUGAAAAAGAGAAGGCAAAAUUGAAAAAGGAGGCUGAAGACUUGCAGAUUAAAUCUAAAGAGAUGGCAAAUGCUCAACAGGAACAAAUGCAGCAAGAGAAAACACUCCUUCAGCAGACAUUCAUCACAGAAAAGGAGCUGCUUUUGAAGAAAGAAAAACUCAUUGAAGAUGAGAAGAAGAAACUGGAGAGACAGUUUGAGGAAGAAGUCAAAAAGGCAAAAGCUCUCAAAGAUGAACAGGAACGUCAAAGGAAACAAAUGGAGGAAGACAAGAAGAAACUUCAGGCCACCAUGGAUGAUGCGCUAAAGAAACAAAAAGAAGCAGAGAAGGAGAUGUUAAAUAAGCAAAAAGAAAUGCAGGAGCUUGAAAAGAAAAAGCUUGAGCAAGAGAGACUGCUUGCUGAAGAAAACCAGAAACUUCGUGAGAAACUUGAGCAGCUUGAACAACAGAUGUCACAGACCAGGGAGAGAGAGAUCCAGACUGAUCACGCUAACACUACUAGCAAGGUUCUCAAUGGCCAAAGCAUUGGUGAUGAAGUGGAUGGAGAUUCUGCAUUAGCUUUUGAUGGUAUCCGUGAGAAGGUUCCAGCAAGCAGGCUGGUUGAUGUAGGACUUUUGAGCAAAAAGGACUUUGAUAAGCUAAAGACAGGCAAAACCACGGUACAAGAGCUCAGCCAGACAGACAAACUUAAAACAAUUCUGAAGGGAAAGAACUGCAUCGGUGGCCUUCUCAUACAUCCAAACCAGAAAAUGUCCAUCUACCAAGCCAUGAAGGAGAGGAAAAUUACUCCAGGGACAGGUCUGGUACUACUGGAAGCACAGUCAGCCUCAGGAUACAUAGUGGAUCCUAUUAAAAACAGGAAGCUCUCUGUAAACGAAGCUGUGAAAGAGGGCCUGAUAGGACCCGAGCUUCAUAAUAAAAUGCUUUCUGCUGAGAGAGCAGUCACAGGUUAUACAGAUCCUUACACUGGAAACAAAAUUUCACUCUUUGAAGCCAUGAAAAAGGGUCUCAUUGUUGAGGAUCAUGCUAUCAGACUGCUUGAGGCUCAGAUAGCGACAGGUGGACUCAUCGAUCCAGUUAAUAGCCAUCGUGUGCCGAUUGAAACAGCCUAUAAGCAGGGUCAGUUUGAUAAAGAAAUGAACAAAAUCCUCCAAGAUCCUUCAGAUGACACGAAAGGAUUCUUUGAUCCAAACACUCAAGAAAACCUCACAUACCUGCAGCUAAUGGGCAGGUGCACUACAGACCCUGAAACAGGGUUGCUUCUCCUGCCCAUCACAGAAGAUGCAGCCUUAAGUGCUGGAACAUUUACUGAUGAAGAAACCAGGGAUGUAUUCAAUAAGACGACAGUGUCUGUACCAUUUGGAAAAUUCAAGGGAAAGACUGUCACAAUUUGGGAGAUAAUUAACUCCGAAUACUUCACAGAUGACCAAAGGAAAGAUCUGAUCCGUCAGUACAAAACAGGAAAAAUUACAAUUGAGAAAAUAAUCAAAAUUGUAAUCACUGUAGCAGAGGAAAAGGAGAAAAAGAAUGAACUUGCAUUUGAUGGCCUCAGGGCAUCUGUACCUGCCACUGAACUGCUUGAGUCCAAGAUCAUUGAUAAAGAUCUGUACAACAAGUUACAUAAAGGCAAUAAGACAGUCAAAGAAGUGUCUGAGAUGGCACCUGUUCAGAAAGCAUUGAGGGGCACUAACUGUAUUGCUGGAGUUGUCAUUGACUCCACCAAGGAAACAAUGUCUUUUUACCAGGCCAUGAAAAGGGACAUGAUGAGACCUGGACAGGCAUUAAAUCUCCUAGAAGCACAGGCAGCAUCAGGAUUUAUUGUUGACCCUGUAGACAACAAGAAACUUACAGUUGAUGAGGCAGUCAAAGCAGGUGUUGUUGGUCCUGAACUACAUGAAAAACUAUUGUCUGCAGAGAGAGCCGUCACAGGCUACAGAGACCCUUACACUGGAAAAACUGUGUCUUUAUUUGAGGCAAUGAAGAAAGGGCUUAUCAGCCAAGACCAGGGAAUGAGACUCCUUGAUGCACAGAUGACAACAGGAGGCAUCAUUGACCCUGUAAAGAGCUAUCGCAUUCCACAUGACAUUGCUUGCAAGAGAGGGUACUUUGAUGAUGCAACGAAAACGAUCAUAAAUAACCCAACUGAUGACAUUAAAGGUUACUUUGACCCCAACACACAGGAAAAUGUCACAUACAUGCAGCUCCACAAGAGAUGUGUUACUGAUAAAAAGACUGGACUCCAGCUCUUGCCUCUUUCUGAAGAAGCAAUCAAGGCAAAGGAGGAGCACAAGUACACGGAGGCCCAGACCAAGGAGGCCAUGAGCCAAGCUACACUGGAAUUGCAAAGUGGACCAUUCAAAGGGAAGAAAAUCACCAUCUGGGAAAUUAUCAACUCUGAAUAUUUCACUGAUGAGCAAAGGCUUGAUUUAAUGAGACAGUACAGGUCUGGCAAAGUCACAAUCGAAAAGUUGAUAAAAAUUGUUAUCACAAUUGUUGAUGAAAAGGAAGCCAAGAAACAAGAGCAGGCUAGCUUCAAAGGGCUCCGGGCUCCUGUGCCAGCCCAUUCUCUGUUUGACUCAAAGAUCAUUGAUAAGGCCACAUUUGACAUGCUCCAGCAAGGCAAAAAGACUCCAGCAGAGGUCAGCAAAAAUUACUCGGUCAACAAAUAUCUGCAGGGAUCUGAGUGUAUUGCUGGCAUCUACCUUGAGCCUACGAAAGAAAAGAUCAGCAUCUAUCAAGCCAUGAAGAAAAAACUUUUGAGACAAAACACAGGUAUUGCACUGCUUGAAGCCCAGGCUGCCACAGGCUUCAUCUCUGAUCCAGUGAAAAACCAGUUUCUUACUGUGGAUGAGGCUGUAAAGGCAGGUAUUGUUGGUCCUGAACUCCAUGAGAAACUACUGUCUGCUGAAAAAGCAGUAACUGGCUACAAAGACCCAUUCACAGGUCAAAAGAUUUCUCUCUUCCAGGCCAUGCAAAAAGACCUGAUUCCUAAAGAGCAUGCCAUGCCACUGUUGGAGGCUCAGAUGUCCACUGGAGGAAUUAUAGAUCCAGUGAACAGUCAUCGCCUUCCGGAUGACGUGGCUUGUCAGCGGGGAUAUUUCAGUAAGCAAAUGGCCAGUACUUUUGCUGAGACCUCAGAUGAAAACAAGGCUUUCUCUGAUCCUAACACUGAUGAAAACAUGUCAUACAAACAAUUGAAAGACAAGUGUCUGAGAGAUUCUGACACAGGCUUGUACCUUCUACCACUCUCUAAACCACAGUCACCAACAGUCGUGGAGAGGACUUACCUUUACACUGAGGAGCAAACUCAGAGUGAUCUAUCAAGCACCACAGUUGACAUUCCACUUGAAGGCUUCAGUGGGGGCUCAAAGACUCUUUGGGAUGUCAUGAACUCAAAUCUGAUACCUGAAGAGGAGAGAAAUAAACUUCUGGAUGAAUACCGCUCUGGGAAGAUAACAAAGGAACGAAUGAUAAUCAUAAUCAUUGAAAUUAUGGAGCAGAGAGAGAUUAUCAGAGGGGAGAACAUCAAAUCCUGCAACACGAUCAGGCGGAGAAUUACUAUUGAGGAGCUUUUUAAUGCUCGCAUUAUUGACUUAGAAACCUACAACCUGCUUAAGGAAGAGAAAAAGACCCUGCGCGAGGUGAUGGAAAUGCAGAGUGUGAAGCAGUAUUUGUUCGGUACAGGCAGUGUAGCUGGAGUAAUAUGUGAUUCCAUUUCCAAAAUGAGUAUUUAUCAGGCCAUGAAAUCAGGGUUAAUGAGACCUGAUGUGGCCAUUGGUCUCCUUGAGGCCCAGGCUGCCACUGGAUUCAUCAUUGAUCCUGUUAAGAACGAGAUGCUCACUGUCGAUGAGGCAGUCCGCAAAGAUGUGGUUGGCCCAGAAUUGCAUGAUAGACUUCUGUCUGCAGAAAGAGCAGUCACAGGCUAUAAGGAUCCAUACAGUGGAAAGAUUAUUUCUCUCUUCCAAGCUAUGAGAAAAGAUCUUGUGCCAGAGGACUAUGCCCUGAGGCUGCUUGAGGCUCAGACAGCUACUGGAGGCAUCAUUGAUCCUGAAUUCCAUUUCCAUCUGCCAACAGAUGUUGCCACAAAACGUGCAUACAUCAGCAAGGAGGCAAAUGAAAAACUUGAUGAUUUUAGAGGCUAUGUGGAUCCACUCACAGAUGAAAAACUGUCAUAUGCUGAACUGCUGAAGAGAUGCAAAGUUGACAAAGAUGGGUGGCGCUUGCUAUCCUUGGCAGACAGACGACUUAUGUUCAAGGGUCUCAGGAAGCAAAUCACCAUGGAGGAGCUAGUCCGCUCUCAAAUUAUUGAUGACAAAACUGUCUCUGAUCUUAAUGAGGGUUUGACUACUGUAGAAGAGGUGAGUGCUAAACUCAAGAGGUUCCUUGAAGGUACAAGCUGUAUUGCUGGCGUAUAUGUAGAGUCCUCUAAGGAUCGUCUCUCUAUCUACCAAGCCAUGAGGAGGAACAUGAUCAGGCCAGGAACUGCUUUUGAGUUGUUGGAGGCCCAAGCUGCCACUGGUUAUGUCAUUGAUCCUAUUAAGAACCUCAAACUUACAGUUAGUGAAGCUGUGAAAAUGGGAAUAGUGGGUGCAGAAUUCAAAGAUAAACUGUUGUCUGCUGAGCGGGCAGUGACUGGCUAUAAAGAUCCUUACUCUGGUAAGACUAUCUCCCUGUUCCAGGCAAUGAAAAAAGGCCUGAUCUUGAAAGACCACGGAAUUCGUCUUCUUGAAGCUCAGAUUGCCACAGGAGGAAUUAUUGACCCAGAGGAGAGUCAUCGCUUGCCCGUGGAAGUGGCAUAUAAACGUGGCUUCUUUGAUGAGGAGAUGAAUGAGAUCCUCUCUGAUCCUUCAGAUGAUACCAAAGGGUUCUUUGACCCAAAUACAGAGGAAAACCUUACUUACCUACAGCUGAUGGAGAGGUGCAUUACAGACCCAGAGACAGGCCUUGUGCUUCUGCUUCUGAAGGAAAAGAAGCGUGAGAGAAGAGCAUCUUCUAAGUCCUCAGUUCGCAAACGCAGAGUAGUCAUUGUGGAUCCAGAGUCAGGCAGAGAAAUGUCUGUGUAUGAGGCUUACCGUAAAGGACUAAUUGACCAUUCAACUUACCUUGAACUUGCAGAACAGGAAUGUGAGUGGGAAGAGAUCACAAUGACAUCCUCUGAUGGAGUUGUGAAAUCAGUUCUAAUUGACAGAAGAUCAGGUCGUCAGUAUGAUGUUGAUGAUGCUCUUGCAAGAGGACUCAUUGACCAAACCGCUCUUGAUCAGUAUCGCUCAGGCAAUCUAGCCAUCACAGAAUUUGCUGAUAUGCUAUCAGGGAACAUGGGUGGCUUCCGCUCCAGGUCCUCCUCCUUUGGAUCAACAUCUUCUUAUCCAAUGAGCCCUGUGCCCUCCAUCAGAACCCCUGCAACUGUAUGGAAUGACCCAACUGAGGAGACUGGGCCAGUGGCCGGAAUUCUUGACACAGACACUUUAGAGAAAAUUUCAAUAACUGAGGCUAUGCACAGAAACCUUCUUGAUAACAUCACUGGUCAAAGACUUUUGGAGGCACAGGCCUGUACUGGUGGAAUAAUAGAUCCCUCCACAGGACAAAGGUACUCUGUCACUGAUGCAACCAACAAAGGUCUUGUAGACAAAAUAAUGGUCGACAGAAUUAACUUGGCUCAGAAAGCAUUCAAUGGGUUUGAAGAUCCCAGAACUAAGGUCAAGAUGUCAGCUGCCCAAGCUCUAAAGAAGGGCUGGCUCUAUUAUGAGGCCGGUCAGCGUUUUCUGGAGGUACAAUAUCUCACUGGUGGUCUGAUUGAACCAGAAGUUGAGAGUAGAAUUUCUCUGGAAGAGGCUAUCAAAAAAGGAAUAAUUGAUGCUCGUACAGCCCAAAAACUCAGAGAUGUGAGUGCUUAUACCAAAUACCUUACCUGCCCUAAAACCAAACUGAAAAUCUCUUACAAAGAUGCCAUGGACAGAAGCAUGGUUGAGGAAGGAUCUGGCUUAAGACUGCUGGAAGCUUGCUCACAGUCCACCAAAGGUGUCUAUAGCCCUUACAGUGUCAGUGGCUCAGGGUCUGCUGCUGGCUCUCGGUCUGGAUCUAGGACAGGAUCAAGGUCUGGCUCCAGAAGAGGUAGCUUUGAUGCCACUGGCUCCGGUUUCAGCAUGAGCUUCUCAUCAUCCUCCUAUACAUCCACCAGUUAUGGUCGCAGAUUCAAUGCUGGACCACACAGUGGACUCAACAUGGAUGAGCUGGUGCAGGCUCUCACAGCACUGUCAAUGAACCGGCACUGUUGUUCAGAAGAACAGGGUGCUUUCACUGCAGUUCUACCACUGCACACUACAGUUGCAUAAUUCAAAGAAGAAAUCAGUAGAAAUAGAGAUACCUAAGAGACUUAUUUAUUCUGCUUUGCAUGAGUUUUCUUUAGGAAAUUGCAUUCCAUAAACUACUAUUUUGUUCCAACUGGGGAUUUUUAGGAUUUUCCCAAUUAAUGUAGUUUGGAUGCUUAAACACUAUGUAUUACCAGUCCAAGAUUAACUGAUC